AUGUUGUUGAAGUGUAGGAUUCAUGAGUUUGGCUUUGCAACUGACUUUGGGCUUAUUGGGAAGAAGGAUUACACUUUGACUAUGUAUUUCCAGCAGUACUGGAGAGAUAAGAGGCUGGCUUAUGCUGGCAUACCUCUCAACCUCACACUUGAUAACCGAGUGGCAGACCAACUCUGGGUGCCUGACACUUACUUCUUAAAUGACAAGAAAUCAUUUGUGCAUGGUGUUACCGUGAAGAAUCGAAUGAUUCGCCUUCACCCGGAUGGAACGGUGCUUUACGGCCUCAGAAUCACAACCACUGCAGCUUGUAUGAUGGACUUGAGAAGAUACCCAUUAGAUGAACAAAACUGUACUCUGGAAAUAGAAAGCUAUGGCUACACAACCGAUGACAUAGAGUUCUACUGGAGAGGUGGGGAUAAUGCGGUCACUGGUGUGGAGAGGAUUGAGCUUCCUCAGUUCUCCAUUGUGGAAUAUAGACUGGUGUCAAAGAAUGUUGUCUUUGCCACAGGUGCCUAUCCAAGACUCUCACUGAGCUUCAGGUUGAAGAGAAAUAUUGGAUACUUUAUUCUUCAAACCUACAUGCCCUCCAUACUGAUUACCAUUUUAUCUUGGGUGUCAUUCUGGAUCAAUUAUGAUGCAUCAGCAGCAAGAGUUGCCCUUGGAAUUACAACUGUGCUGACUAUGACAACAAUCAACACUCAUCUGCGAGAGACUUUGCCUAAAAUUCCGUAUGUUAAAGCCAUUGACAUGUAUCUUAUGGGCUGCUUUGUAUUUGUCUUCUUGGCCUUACUUGAAUACGCCUUUGUCAACUACAUUUUCUUCGGAAAAGGCCCUCAAAGGCAGAAGAAACUUGCAGAAAAAACAGCAAAGGCGAACAACGAUCGCUCAAAGUUCGAAGGCAACCGGGUGGACACCCAUGGAAACAUUCUGCUAACAUCGCUUGAAAUUCACAAUGAGGUGGCAAGCAAUGAGGUCACCACCAGCGUUACGGACGCCAGAAAUUCCACGAUAUCCUUUGACAACUCAGGAAUCCAGUACAGAAAACAAAGCUCACAUCGCGAAAGCUUUGGAAGGCGUUCGUCGGAAAGAACAGGCCCCCACAGCAAGAGAGGCCAUUUACGAAGAAGGUCUUCACAACUGAAAAUAAAAAUCCCUGAUCUAACAGAUGUGAAUGCCAUCGACAGAUGGUCAAGAAUGGUGUUUCCAUUCACAUUUUCUCUUUUCAACUUAAUUUACUGGCUAUACUAUGUUAACUGA